GUAACUGAGGUAAAUCUCUCUGUAGUGGGGAGCAGCUGAACUCACAAACACUGUCAAACAGAGUUCACCAGCGGUUUUCUGCGUUAUGGACGACAAAGACGAAGAUAUAGACACUCUUGACCCCAGUCUUCCCGAGGAGGGUCCGACUGCUCCACCUCCUGGAUGGCUAGACACGGUUUCAGGCUAUGAGGAAAACACAGGCGGAGACUGUCCUCCUCCACCAGACUUUGUACCUAAACCCGAAAAUGACAAGAAUGCCUCAGUUCCAAAUGUCAUGGUGCCCAGUGUCUCAGAGGAUACUGCGAGAGAUGCUCUUCUCCAGUUCGUUGGUAAAAAAUGGACGUACAGCAGCAAGCCUGCCAAAAAUCUGAUCUUCAAAGAGCUGAAGCCUUUUACGGUUUACCGUUACCGAUUGGAAACAUUUACCGAGUCCAGAUCGAGUGCGUGGGAAUCAGAGCCACACACAGGUCAGAAUGUGGACGGGCCUCAGAAUGGAGUGAGUCCAUUACCAUGGCACAUCCAGGUCUCUUACCCACCCAAAUUCACUGACUCCAUUCAGAAAGUCAGAGUCCCACACUCUUCAUUCAUAAAGCCCUGCUACUGUUGUCAUGGUAAUGGCAAAGUGAGAUGUACACACUGCCGCGGACGAGGAAUGACCCGCUGUAUGUUCUGUCACGGAUCUGGUCACGGUCGCAACCGAAGGUGCACAAACUGCCACGGGCGGGGUAGAAAAAGGUGUUUGUCUUGUCAUGGAAAGGGUUGCAAAGACUGCCUCACGUGUAAUGGACAAAAAAAGCUUAUGCAUUUCAUACAGCUCACUGUUACCUGGAAGAAUCAGGUGUUUGAGUUUAUACCUGACCGAGUGCCUGAAUUUCCACUGAAGAAGUUUGAGAAGGUUUCUGGAGAAGCUUUCUUUGUUGACGAAAACCUCCUGGUUUAUCCGAUACAGGGAUUUCCUGACCAUGACAUUUGUGAUGCCUCAAAAGGAGCAAUUCAGAAUCACCUGCUGAAAUAUUCUGCCGUGAGCCGCAUCCUGCAGCAGCGACAAAUCAUUGAGCUGGUUCCUCUCACUCAUGUGUACUACGCUUACAGUGGAAAAGACUACGAUUACUUUGUUUUCGGCCGAGAAAACAAGGUUCACACUACCAAAUACCCUUCUUCCUGCAGCAUUUUAUAAUAGCUGUAUUUAUUUUGUGUAUUAAUCAAAAUUAUUUUGCAUUUAUUCAUACAAUUUGUUUUUUUAAAUUUGUAAAUUACACAAUAUACACAGUUUAUAUUGUAAUAUAUUGUGUUACUUGUUAAAUAUCUAAAUGCUUAGUGGCCUUAUUUUAAUUCUCUCAUAUGAGUGUGUUGUAACUGAAUUCUUUAUUAUCAUAAUUUAAUGCGAUAAUGAAAAUGUAUAUUUAUUAAUGAAGAAACAUGCACAUUUCAUUCUUAUAUUUACACUCUUGAACCACACUACUUGGGGUUACAUUAGGACUCAAAACAGAGUAUUGAAGAAUAUUUUUAAGUAUAGCAAAAAAAUAAAUAAAAGUCCUGAUUAAUGAAUUGAGAAAAAAAGUACUUUUUUAUUAUGAUAUCAAUGCUGGUAUUGUUUAUCAGUUUAUAUACAAACAGGGCAAUAAUGACGUACUGAGAAGGAGAUCAGACUUACAGUUGAAGUCACAAUUAUUAGUCCCCCAGUUU